UAUUAUUGGGCAGCACAUCCUUCAACAGCAUCCAACUCCCGGGGCAGCUCAGCUCUGCCCACCGGCCUGCUGCGGUUUGCUACGUUUGACCGUCCACUGCGCAUCUGACCCGGGACAUCUUCUGUCAGAAACCCUCUGCGGCUGAGACACGCAGAGACAGGCGGGCUCAGGGAGAAGGAGUUUUCAAGCAGGAAGUGGGUGAAACUGUCUCGGGGGAGGUCCAGAGAGGGCAAGGAGACCCAUUUGAAGCUCUUCUCACCAGCCAUGUCCAACGAACGCACCCCUCUGAUCACCUCAGGUGUGUGCGGUCUGUCUGUGACCGCGGCGGCAUGCGGCGCGGCGCAGGACGCCACCCCCGACUCCGCUGCCGGGACCCCGAGUAAAGACCCUCGUAAACUGAACACCUUUUUCGGGGUGAUGGUGCCGACCAUCCUCUCCAUGUUCAGCAUUGUGCUGUUUCUGAGAACAGGGUUUGUGGUUGGUCAUGCGGGGUUGUUACAGGGUCUUUUAAUGGUGAUUGUAGCCUACACCAUCAUAUCCCUGACAAUACUGUCCAUUUGUGCCAUUUCCACUAACGGUGCUAUACAAGGCGGUGGAGCCUACUACAUGAUCAGUCGGUCUCUGGGGCCAGAGUUUGGAGGAAGCAUUGGUUUGAUGUUCUUCCUCGCCAAAGUGUUUGCAUGUGGAGAAUAUGUUCUCGGUCUUGUGGAGGCCAUACUUGACGUAUUUGGUUCAGAUCCUGAGUCAUCUGUGUCCAGUGGGGUACGAGUACUUCCUCAGGGUUACUGGUACACAGUGCUAUACUCCUCAGUAGUCCUACUGCUGUGUCUGCUUGUGUGUCUGGUGGGAGCUCACAUCUACUCCCGCACCGCCUUCGUCAUCCUGCUGGUGGUCACUGUAUCCUUGCUGUCCGUCUUCAUCAGUUCCGUGGCCGUCAGACCUCGCGACUUUAUCAUCACCCACCAGGGACCUGGCAACCAGACCCUCCGCUACAACGUCAGCUACACGGGCUUCAGUGUUACCACGCUGAGGAACAACCUCGGCUCCGGUUACUCUUUGGACUACAGCACCAACACUGUCAUGUCGUUUGCCACCGUGUUUGCCGUCAUGUUCACCAGCUGCACUGGGAUCAUGGCCGGAGCCAACAUGUCAGGAGAGCUGAAGACUCCGAGCGUUUCCAUCCCUAAAGGCACCAUUGUAGCCGUCUUGUACACUUUCACGGUCUACGUCCUCCUCUUCAUCUUGGUCAGCGCCACCUGUGACAGGACCCUGUUGAUUCAGGAUUACGGGUUCUUCCAGAGAAUAAACAUCUGGCCACCGUUCGUCACUAUCGGGAUAUUCUGUGCCUCUCUGUCAGCUGCAAUGUGCGCCAUGAUUGGUGCGUCCCGUAUCCUCCACGCUCUCGCUCUGGAUCACCUCUUUGGUCUGCCACUAGCCCCAGCUGCCAUCACAUCAAGCUCGGGAAAUCCAUGGGUGGCAGUGCUGUACACCUGGGGCCUGGCACAGUGUGUGGUGUUUGCAGGGCAGCUCAAUGCUGUAGCAGGUUUGGUGACUGUUUUCUACUUGCUUGCCUACGCUGCAGUUGACCUGGCCUGUUUGGCUCUUGAGUGGGCGUCAGCACCGAAUUUCAGACCGACCUUCCAGCUCUUCUCCUGGCACACCUGCCUGCUGGGUAUUCUGAGCUGUGUAGUCAUGAUGUUCGUCAUUAACCCCGUGUACUCCUCGGGCAGCAUCGUCCUCCUGCUACUGCUGCUCCUUUUCCUCCACUACAGAUCGCCCACCAGCAGCUGGGGUUACAUCAGCCAGGCUCUCAUUUUCCAUCAGGUGCGCAAGUAUCUGUUGAUGCUGGAUGUGAGGAAAGAGCAUGUGAAGUUCUGGAGGCCGCAGGUGUUGUUAAUGGUGGCCAACCCUCGCUCCUCCUGUCAGCUCAUCCUGUUUGUCAACCAGCUGAAGAAGGGAGGGCUGUACGUGUUGGGCCAUGUGCAGCUGGGAGAUCUGGACACCCUGCCGUCAGACCCGGUCCAGCAGCAGUAUAACUUCUGGUUGAGCCUAGUUGAUAAACUCGGGGUGAAGGCGUUUGUAGAUCUGACGCUGUCUCCCACCGUCAGACAGGGAACACAGCAUCUGCUACGCAUCACAGGUUUAGGUGGCAUGAAGCCCAAUACACUGAUUUUGGGUUUCUAUGACAGCUGCACUCCUGAGGACUUCUUUCUACAAGAUUCUGCGUUCUGUGAUUCAUCUAUAGGACAAAGUAAUGAGGGAGAAUAUAAUUUUGGGGUUGACCUGCCUUCAUUACAGGCCCAUUUUCCCCCAGUCAGGCACGUUGAGAGCCCGCGCUGGCUGUCACCGGAGGAGUACGUGGGGAUAAUCUCUGACGCUAUUAAAAUGAACAAGAACGUGUGCCUUGGCCGCUAUUUCUUCCAGUUAGAGGGGGAGGGUAAAGACAGUAAAGUGGACGGGUCACAGCGGACUAUAGACGUGUGGCCUCUCAACCUGCUUCAGCCAGGCAGCCGUGACUAUGAGGACGUGUGCAGCCUCUUUCUACUGCAGAUGGCCUGCGUGCUCAACAUGUCCAACAAAUGGCGCCACGCAAGAAUGAGAAUCUUCCUGAACGUGGAGACCGAGUCCAGCGACCAGGGCUGGGUGGUAAACGAAGAGACGUUUCGAGAGUUGCUGAGGAAGCUGCGGAUCAGGGCUUCGAUAAAGAUCGUGCCGUGGGACUCUGUGGUGCAGCACCACGCUCAGCCAGACGCAGAGCAGACGCGACCUCUGUCUGAGGGCUUCCUGUCGGCUGUGAACUGUAUGUUAAUGGAGCACAGCUCGCAAGCUGCUGUGCGCUUCCUGUAUUUACCUCGACCUCCUGCUCAUCACAGCCAGGCACAGCAGUAUGUAGCUCAGCUGGAAGCAGUGACCAGUGGUUUAGGGCCAACGCUCCUGAUUCAUGGUGUCACCCCGGUCACAUACACUGACCUUUGAGCAUGUGCAGUCAAUUCUUUUGUUCACAUUUUAUUAUUUAAUAUUGUACAUGCAGCAAAGUCUUACUUGACUGCUUACUUAGGUGAAAGUAUAAACUCUAGGAUAAUGUCCUGUUUUCAUAUACUUGAACAGAUUUGGUCAUUGAGCCAAGAAAUGGGAAAAUACUAACGUUUUUGGUCAUAUUUUAUGUUACAUUAUCUUUAGAUCUGUCUUUUCACAUAAGACAGAGAUAAAAAUAAUGUGUCAAAGACUCUUCAGAACAAAAACACAAUUUAUUAUGAGGGUUACGGGUUAUCUAUGACUCUGGAUAUAGCGAUGUCUAAUUUAUCAUUUCAGGGAUGAAAUUAUGAAUUUGUGGUGUUUUGUGAUACCGAUAUCAACCACGGUAAAAAAAAAAAAAUCCUAGUUCAGCUUCAAAAUGGUUUUGUAUUAAUUCAUAAUAAUUGUUCUUUUUAAUUCCUUUGCAUUUUUUGCUGCUUGCUUUUUCCUUCAUUCUAUAAUUUCUGCUGGUUGCUGGACCAAGUGAUCAAAAGGCUUUUUGUUUCCGCGCAGAACUGAGUUUUGAUGUCUGUUCUCCGUGCACUUAUGCAAACAUGUUUUCUUUCGAUGCUAAAAUAUUUAUCUUCGUUCUUCACAAAGGGAACAGUUUGCCGUUUACAUUUGACCUCGGAAUAAUGAAUGGUAUUUGUUGCUCUUGUAUGUGCUAACUUAAAAAAACAACAACAUAUUUUUGUGCUGUCAUUUCGUGACUGUUGAAAAUACACGAAAAAGAGGUACACUGAAGGCACAAAAAAAUUAAGAGCAUCUGAAUCUAGUCUCAGUCACGACCAAGGAUGAUUCAGACCAAGUCAAGAC